AUGGUUACUGACCUUUUCCUGUCACUUUUGGAGCUUGUUAACAGAUCCACCCAGCUAAGACAUCUUCGAUUGGUGAGUUGCGGUAAGUUAUCAACUGAAAGAUUGAAUGUAGUAGUCGAAAAACUACCAUUACUGGAGGAGUUUCAUCUUUACUACACCUACAUUGACAAAGAAGCCAUCGAAACCAUUGGUUGCUGUUGCCCACUUUUGAAAUCAUUCACAUAUAACCAGAAAUGGAUCAUAAAGAAUUAUAAGUAUCGUGAUGAUACCCUGAACGAUAAUGAUGAGGCACUAGCUAUUGCGAAGAACAUCCCUGGAUUACGCCAUCUUCAACUCGAAGGUAAUAGAAUGACAAAUAUUGGCUUGCAAGCACUUCUUGAUGGUUGCCCUCACCUUGAUUCACUUGUUUUGGAACAAUGUCUCAACAUCAACCUUAAUGGGGAUGUGGGCAAAAGAUGUUCAAAGAUAAAAGAUAUGCAUUUUCACUUGGACUUGGCGAUAUGGAGCCACCAGAUGAUAUAUUAUCUAUAUGAGGAUUUUCAGUGGUGACUAACCAGAUUUUCAUUAAUGGGAACUACACUAGGUGGUAUUUGUUAAUUUUUUAUAUUGAUCGAAAUUCAUGACGUUUUGUGGUUUGAGGAGGCAUACUGGUCUGGAUCUUUUAUCUGACUGCAUGUAUUGAUCGGAUGAGUAUUGUGAAUUUUCCGCUGGCAACCACUCUUGUGACUAUGUGGGGGCUGUUCUUCUUAUUAUGGUUUUCUUGAUUUUGAAAUCUAUGAUCAAGAGGAAACCCACGAGGUGUGUCUUGUGUGUGAAUAUCCAUGUUUGUGUAUAUGGCUGUGAGUGCUUCUUGUUGCAGAUAAGCAUGGGAGCAUCUGGGUGUAUUGCCCAAAUUUUAUUGUGAUCUAUUCAACUGGACAACUAGAAUGUAACAGCACUGUUUUUGCAUUUUAGUUUUGG